CAAAUAGCAACAACUGUCAUGGCGGAGUGUAUUAGUGACCAUCUAACUUUGACGAAGACCUGUUUUGGUUGACAUGCCACACUCUCCAUUGAUUUGCUUUCAUUUUUUGUAUAUAUUUCACUGUGCUUUCAACUCACAAACGUUGUUUAGUGUAUGUACAUAAAUCAUUAGCUUGCUCCAUGUGAAAAUAUAAGAACAGAUAUAAUGAAUCGAUACCAGAUAUUUAAACAGUUAGGAGAUGGGACUUAUGGAAGUGUUUUGUUGGCUAAAAGUAUAGAAAACCAAGAAAGUGUUGCCAUAAAAAAAAUGAAGAAGAAAUAUUAUUCGUGGGAUGAGUGUUUAAAUCUACGAGAAGUAAAGUCUUUAAGGAAAUUGAACCAUCCAAAUAUAGUUCGACUAAAAGAAGUUAUACGAGAAAAUGAUCAACUGUUUUUUGUGUUCGAAUUUAUGAAAGAAAACUUAUAUCAGUUAAUGAAAGACAGAGAUAAGUUGUUUCCUGAGUCAGUAGUACGGAACAUCAUUUACCAAGUUCUACAAGGUUUAGCAUUUAUGCAUAAACAUGGUUUCUUCCACAGAGAUUUAAAGCCAGAAAAUUUAUUAUGUACUGGCGCUGAUUGUUGUAAAAUAGCAGAUUUUGGUCUUGCCAGAGAAAUUAGGUCAAGGCCACCAUACACAGAUUAUGUCUCAACAAGAUGGUACAGAGCCCCAGAAAUCUUGUUACGGUCUGUGAACUAUAAUUCUCCAAUAGACUUAUUUGCUGUUGGUGCAAUAAUGGCAGAAUUAUACACAUUGAGACCAUUGUUCCCAGGCACUUCAGAAAUAGAUCAAAUAUUCAAAAUUUGCUCUAUAUUGGGAACUCCUCAAAAGGAUGAAUGGGAAGAAGGAUAUAAACUGGCUGCUGCAAUGAACUUCCGUUGGCCUCAGUGUGUAACUACAAACCUAAAGACUAUUAUACCACAUGCCAGUCCAGAAUCUCUUCAUCUUAUGAAAGAUAUGUUAUUGUGGAACCCCAGUAAACGACCAACAGCUAGUCAGAGUCUGAAGUACCAGUAUUUUAAUGUGGGUCAGAAUCUUGGCUUACAACAGACAGUCAGACCGUCACCAACUAUACAAAAUAAUCCAUCACCUGUCAUUUCACCACAAAAACCAAAGCAAGAAGAGAAAAUGUACAACUAUAAUCCAUCUUUCAACCAAAAUUCACCAUAUCACCAACCAUCACCGACUCACCAAGCAACACCACAGUUCCAAGCAUCACCACAACCAUUUACUGAAAAGAAAAGUAACCCAAUGGUAGCACCUUCAUAUGGAAAACAGAUAGAUAAUGAUGCAUUUGCUGUGUCAGUAAAGAAAAAACCUCAGCAGAGUGGAAGAAAACGUUGGGGGGCUGGAUUGUCAGAGACGUGGGAUGAUUGGGAUGACUUUGACUUUGGUGCACCAAAAAAGCCAGCACACAAACAUGUAGCAGCCAAACCUUUACCGUCCAUUGGUCCCAAAAGGGAUGUGUUUGGUAAAGAAAAUGAUGAUGAAGACGACUUUUUAACGAGUAUAUUAAACAAGAAGAAUGUAAAUAAGGCUCAACCCCGUGUUCCCUCUGGAAGAUCAUCUGCUUCUUCUGCAAAAAAUCAUUAUCUUAGUAAAUCACGAUACCUGCCAGGUAUUAAUCCAAAGAGCAGUGCCAAAAAAGAAACACCAAGCUACGGUGCAUUAUUAGGUGCCAAGGCAUCUCCUGGUGGAAUCUCAAAUGUCAGCAGGCCUUCAAUAGGUCCAAUAGGAAGUACAAGAAAUAAUGCAGAUGCGGGAUAUGUUCCUUCGUUUAUGUCAACCACAAAGAACACAAAUUACCCACCAGUUAGUUGGAAGAGGGCACAGCCAGGACCUUUAUCUAUGAACAAGAACUCAGCAGGACUGGGUGGUAAACCUGUAGGGGGUGGUACACAUGGACGCACUGACUGGGCUGCUAAGUAUCUAAAGUCAUGAGAAGAAGUUGACAUUAGGUGUUGUUCAAACAAUCAAGUGCCACACAACGUCCACACACUGUGAUACAUUGUUAUUUUGUUGUUAUUUUGUCUCAUACUUUUUGUUAAAGAUUCUUGUGUCUUACAUGUGGGGAAUAAACAUUAUUCUAUUAAAUGAUCCAGACAAUAUUAUGUCUGAUCGAGGGUGGUUUUGAGAUUAGAUGUAGUCUGUAAGGAUAGUACAUACUAAAGAUUUCUUGCCACUAACAUCAUGAUGUAGUUAAUAACAUUUAUAAAUCAAUUUUUCCUUUCAAGUACUGGAUUUAUAAUUCUUUUGGAUUUUUUGUUGAUUUUUUUUUUUAUUAACUGCAUUUUUGUGCCAUUAAAUAUUUAUUAAAACGGGAAAAGUAAUAGAAAGUUUGAAGAAGUUAACUUAAAGUUAAGAGGAAUAUGAAAUAUAUGUAUUUAGGUAAUAUGGUAUUGAAUUUGAGCAUGUAACAUGGAAAACCUUUUCUAAUCAAGAUUAAAUGGGUUUCUGUAUUGUUUUAUUGUUUGUGAAAAUGGUAAAUCUAAAAAGAUCUUUGAAGUGCUUAAUAAGAAAUAUUUAUUUAUACUGUGCUUUUGUUUGAAAAUGUCAAUAAGUAAAAAAAGAAGUAAAAUGUAUGAGAGAGGUAAUACCUGAGUGAUUUAAACUUCAGUUUAUCGUAAUAUAAGUGAAAGAAAGUUGCAUUUUUUGUCUUACACUUCCACUCAACUCUAUAAGACAUUUUAUUCUUUUCUUCUCCUCUCAUGAAACUAUAUGCACAGGUUUGAACAUCUUGGGCAAGCUGUUCAAGUGUCAUACUUUGUGGCAACACUGCUUCCUAUUUAGUAUCCUGUUCAAUCAUAUUUUUAAAUGUUCUGAAAUACUCAGUCUAUCUGAAGAGUAAAGUUACCAUAAAAGAUGUACAGAAGGUUCUCAUUGAAAAGUAGAACCAAUGAAAGGUGUACUGUGGAUUCAUUAUUAUUCGUUGGAUACCAAUUUUCGUGGGCUUCGUGGGGACAUUUUAACCACAAAUUCAAAUGUUAAACGAAUAACAAAUUUCUAAAGGCUUUGUAUGUAGAGAUUCGCAAAACCACGAAAUCAAAUACCCACGAAAAUGCAAGUUUUCCUCAAUCCACGAAAAUUGAUACCCGCGAAAAUAAAUGAAUCCACAGUAAUUGCCACAGUAAAAUUGUUAUAGAAGGUUAGGCUGUGUCUUUAUUCUAGUAAGUAGACAGGAUCAACUAUACUUCAUGAUUUGUGUUACGUGUGUCCAUUUGUUAAAAAUAUGGUUUUCAGGGUAAUUUACAUUCCUAAUUUCAUUUCAUUUUAUGUAUACUUAAAACAAGUUGCAAAUUCAGAGCAGUUAGUUUUUUUCCCAAUACAUAAUUUUAAUACAGGCCAUACCUAAUUGUAACUGCAGAUUCUCUAGCUUAGACACUAGUCAUUCUAAUGUAAAUUUUAUGGGAAUUGGCUUUAGCUAAACAUUAUGUUCAUUGGAAUUUGUUUGUCUUUAAAGUAAUGGGUAUAUUACAUGCACGCAAAGUCAUAGCUAUUGUCUUCCUUUUUUAUGCCUUUUGAAGCUCUGAAGACUAAUCAAACUUUAUUUUCAAUUUUUUUUAAUAAGCUUUUUAAUCAAAUAUACUCUCAGAUCAUGCAUAUAAUGCUACUUAAGUGUAUCAUCUCACAUUAUGUAGACAAUUUCUCAGAAUGAAAUGUGGAUUGAUAAAUUGUUAAAUCAUGUAUCAAGAGAUUCUUUAAUUUAUGGAGUGACCUUCAAACUUUACUUGGUUUGAAAAGGUGUCUUCACUUGUUAAGAUUUGUACAUAGUUGUUGCACCUUUGUUGUUGAUUACAAAUUUACUCAUUUGCAUGUCAUGUUUUAUUACAGAAAUAAGAAUCAUAUUUUAUUGCAAGGUUAAAUGAUGAUUCUUCAACUAUAUUAUUUCAGAACAGAACUUUACAUUUAACUUGAAACCUGUGCUAGUUAAGCUAAUUUUCAGUAGAGCCAACUUUCUGAUGUUUGUCCUUGGGGAAAAACUAUACAUAUAUAACAGGGCAUUGUUUUCUUUUAGUGGCGCAUAAAGAUAAGCUAUUAAUUUUUUUGGAUGGCGUUUGGAAAUAAAUCAAUGUAGCAUUUUGAAUUUUGCAGAGUUGUAAUAUAUUGUUUUGAUACUUGGAAACUUUCUUUAGACUACCUCAGUAUUUUUUUAUUAUUAUGGUGUUGUAUAAAGAUUAAGGGUUAUGACCAGAAUGUUUUGAAAAAGUUCAGUGGUUUUCUCCAGUCACCCUAGCUUCAUCCACCAAUAAAAACUGACUUCCACUAUAUAGCCAAAAGUACUGAAAGUGGCAUUAAACGCCAACAAUCAAUCAAUCUAAAAAAUGGAAGUACUAUAAAACAUUUUCCCACUUUAAUGAAGAAACCUGUACAGUUAGUAGUUCUUUAAAUCAGUUUUCAUGAAAUGUUUCAGUUGCAUGAAAACUUUAGCUAGUGCCAUACAAUAUGAUAGUUUUGCACAGAGAGAAAGUUGAUUUUUCUAUACAAUUGAUUCAUUAUUUUUUAAAGGUAAUGGUUCUUAUAUGCAGUAACAUUUCAUAUUGAAGAAUCAUUUUAAUAUUUGGAGGGGUUUUGUUGUCUUAAAUGAUUUAGAAGAAGACUGUUUGUUGUUGAUAAGAAAAUAGCCAAUUACAGUUAAAACAUGAGUAAGUGACACUCAGUUUAUAUACUACUAUCUAUAUUCAUUAUUGGUAUUUUUUUUAGACAAAAUGAAUAAUGGCUUUAGACAAACACAUGACAGUCUAAAUUAAUAAACACAUUUUUUUACAUAUUAUAAAAAAAUACCAUAUCAAAUAUUACUUGAACAUGUUUUUUGAGAGAGAAUACUAGGGAGAAAGUAGACUGAUGCAUGGUAAAGAGAGUGCAGUGAUUUAAAUGUUGUUAUUUUUUUGUUUUAUAUAUAUUAAAAUUUCAGACAUUUGUACUUUACUUAAGCAUGAAUUAUGAUGUAGUAUCAUUUAUGAUCAAGAAAUAUGGCAUAUAGUUAUUAUAUGAUCACACCAAAUAAAAAGAAGUUGAAUUUCAA